GCUUUCUGGUGGAUAGUAAGCAUUCCUCUGCGCGUGCGUGGGACUGCAGCUGAGGUUGGUGAAGCAGCUGCUCCGGGACAGGAAAGCCCCGCCCUCUUUUUCUGCCAGGGGACUGGAAAUAUAUGCCUCACCUGCCGGAAGCCAGCUGCGGAUGACUAAUGCCUGUCCUUGGUCUCGCGAUCUGCAGCUGUGUCCUCGCGAUACUAGUUCCCCCAAAAUGGCCGCGACCAGUCAAGGAAACUUUGAUGGAAAACUUGAGGCACUAGAUCUUGCAGAAUUAACUAAAAAGCAACCAUGGUGGCGUAAGCUGUUUGGGCAGGAAUCUGGGCCAUCAGCUGAAAAGUAUAGUGUAGCAACUCAGCUGUUAAUUGGAGGUGUUACUGGAUGGUGCACUGGUUUCAUAUUCCAGAAAGUUGGAAAAUUGGCUGCAACAGCUGUAGGAGGUGGAUUCUUUCUACUUCAGCUGGCAAACCAUACUGGGUACAUCAAAGUUGACUGGCAACGAGUAGAGAAAGACAUGAAAAAAGCCAAAGAGCAGUUGAAGAUUCGUAAGAAUAACCAAAUACCGACUGAGGUUAAGAGCAAAGCUGAAGAGGUUGUGUCAUUUGUAAAGAAGAAUGUUCUAGUGACUGGAGGAUUUUUUGGAGGCUUUCUGCUUGGCAUGGCAUCCUAAGAAAUACAACUUCAUUUUAUUUUUUUUUUUCUUGCCAGCAGCUUCUACACUCAAACAUAGGCUAAUCUACACUCCUCUUCCUCCUCUCCUCCCAUGGCUUCCUCCCUGUUGUAGCAAAUCUGAAUGGCUUCUAUAGGCUUCUUCUGGUACAAGGUUAAUAUAGACCUUCUCAUGAGCUUGACAUGUUGGAAAAGACAAUAGAUGUUAACUCUCCCAGUAUACUCCUCACUACUUGGUCAAUGAGUAGCUUAAUAAGAAUGUUCCCUUUCCUCUAUGUAAGAUCCUUUUCCUAACUUGAUUUGGAAAAGCAGCAUGUAAUUACUUUAGUAUGUGUUACAUGGAAAGGAACCAAAUACAUUUGCCUUUAAGCAUGAAAGAUUUUGGUAUCUUGGUAUGUGCUUUCUUUUUCAGUUGAUUUUAGAUUAUACAAAGAGGUUGGUUUUUUUGUUGUUUUGUUUUUAUUUUUUUCCAGACAGGUUUUCUCUGUGUUGCCCUGGCUAUCUUGGAUCUUGCUCAGUAGACCAGGCUGGCCUCAAACUCACAGAGAGAUCCACCUAUCUCUGCCUCCCAAGUGCUGGGAUUAAAGGCGUGUGCCACCACCGCCCGGCAAGAGAGGUUUUUAUACUUGCUGUAAUUAUCCUGCCAAAAUGACAGUAUAAAUACUAUAACUAAAAAGAUUGAAUAUGAAAUGAACUUCUGAUAAAGAUGUAUGAAGUAAUGUAGGUAUUGUAUUUGAUAGGUGGGUCUUUAUGGAAACCAACUGCUAGAAAUUCAUUAUUGGAUGGUCAGAUGAGUCAUUUUUUGGUAUUAAGAUCCAGUCCAGAAAUGUUUUCCACCAUUACCACAUACUGCAUCUCAUGUCAUGGCUGUUUUCAAGUGAUUUAGGUAGGAAAAGGAAGAAACUGUUAAAUAUUUAUUUCAUAGAAAGGUUUCUGUGCUUUGAAAUUUGAAAUAUUCUUCACAUUUGUUAAAAUACUAGGGGUAGCAGUAUUCCUCUAUGGAAAUACUGUUUCUUUAUCCAGUUAGUAUGAAAUAUAACAUAUAAGCCAGAAUUUUAAAGAGAUGUUCCAGGCAUUCAGAAUUUAGAAUGACAGUGAUAGUUUAUGUGAAAUAAAUUAUUUCCAUCAAAUGCAGUCUCCAUCAGAAUUAUUCUUUAAAAUAAAAGUCUGUAUGCACUUCAGAUUUUGCUAUAAUGCCUAUUACCAUGAUCUCAACUCCAAUUAGGAAAUCAUCUUCCAAAAGCUAAGUCUCCUGUCAUCUUCAUUGUACCCACAGGGCCUACCACUUAAUAGAUUUCAAGUAUUUAUUGAGUCUAUUUAUUUGUAUAAAGAAAACUCUUCCCUGUUAAAGAUUAGGUUUACCCCAAAUGAAUUCUUAGAUAUGUAGAUGAUCCCAUGUGCAAUAGUGUGUUUUUAAGGUCAUACAUUAAAGAUAAUUACUUUUUGACAUACCUUAACAAUGACGUAUUGAAUUUUAAAAUUGAAAUUACCACUGGAUGUGUAAAACUGCUUAGGAUUCACCUAUUUGUAUUUCCUCAUUACAUUUUGGUAUUAUUUAAGCUAAUAUUACUUAUUCUACUUGUAAUAUUAUAUUGAUAACUGAGAUAUCAUCUGUUUUAUAGUUCUCUGUAUCAUUCUUGGAGUUGUGCCAUUUAUGGUGAUUCUGCCUAUAGCCAUGUUACUCUCCCUAUGUCUUACCCACAUCAAUGGUAUGGUGACAGCAAAAGCUAUUGCAUUGUCCCUUUGGAUAUGUGGUGGGGAGUGGUCAUCGACUACUUCUUUGGUAGAUUGGUAGCUAACUUCUGGCCCAUCUGCUUUCUUUGUGAUUAUUUGUGAUUAUUAUAAUCAAGAUUAUCAGGUUGGAGUUCCUUUGAAAGGUUGUAAUAGGUAAUAGUCUAGAGUCAGAUUCUACCCUCAUUGUCUGAAAUAAGAUCUAUAGGUCACCGGGUAGUGGUGACGCAUGCCUUUAAUCUCAGAGCUCAGGAGGCAGAGCCAGGCGGAUCUCUUUGAGUUCAAGGCCAGCCUGGUCUACAGAGCGAGAUCCAGGACAGGCACCAAAACUACACAGAAAAACCCUGUCUCGAAAAACAAAAACAAACAAACAAACAAAAAUCUAUAGGUCUUUCUUGAAGUUUGGUCAGGGUCCAUGUGGUCACUUGUGUUUGUGUAGAGCUGGUGCAGAAGGUGAUUAGUCACAGUGUGCACAUGUCAAGUUCCAGUUUAGCUCAGUGGUCACUUAAGUAGCCUAAAGCACUUUGGGGAACCUUUACUGACGCCUCAUUGUGUCAGCAUCUUUGCUUCAUCUUAAAUGGGAGAUUACUGGGGAUAUAGCUCAAUGAUAGAGCAUGUGUGAGGCCCUGGGUUCAAUCCUCAGCAUUGCAAGAAAAGAAGAGCUAAGCAGGCCUAACUUUAAAUGGGAGAUUAAGAUUUCUGGAAAAAGCAGCUGUCUUUCCAUGCACAACCUAAAUGAUAACAGGGUUAGGCAGUUACACCGUUGAAUACAUUUGUUUUCAUUUGAUUAGCAAGACCUGUUUGGAAAGGCACAUGAUUUGUUUCAAGUGCCCAGAGUCAAAUAACAUGAUAGCCUCUUUACCAGAGGUGAUGGAAUUGAUUUUCUUUGAUGGAGAGGUUGAUCAUUGUCAAUAUAUAAGGCACUGAGAAGCUUGGUGUUUGACAAUGUGUUGGUAUUUUUGUUUCCCCUACUGGCAGAAAUGCAGGAACAGUGCAUUCCAUCAGUACCCUAUAGCCCCUGGUUCACUUCUGAUCCCCCACAGGGGCACUAUGGUUCUGCCCUGCAUCCUUACUACUCUGGACCCAAGUGUGCCUCCCACAAGGGACAGGGUAGGAUGAGGAUGCUGCUGCAGUUAUAAUGUUUAUGAUAUUCUCCAUCAGACAGAAGGCCAAGGGGGAGAGGCAGAGGCACUCUUUUUUCUGGCAUGCCUGUGUAGGCUCAACAGAUAAAUUCCAACAUUUCCACUCUACCCAAGGCUCUGUGAAACCUUUAUUUUUUUUUAACCAGGAACCCAGGGGAUGCCUACCUGUGUAGGAGCAGCCCACUCAUUGCUAUAAGUGUCAUCAUUCUGAUAAUAUGCUAACAAGACUUCCCCCAUAUGAACCUUUAUUUGCCUUGACCUCUCAUCACUAUAGACACUGGUAAACAGUUUGAGGUUUUUGACUCCCCCAUAUGACCCAUCACUUGGGCCAGAGCCCAUGCUACUGGAUCUGUGAGAUUAAUGUCUCAUGAAUUGUGGCAGACCAUACAUAAUUCGAGUGGAAGAAUCUAAUGGUUCAGCAAAGAAUGAGCUGUAUGAUUCUAGGUGCUAUAGUUUUAAGGUGUAUGCUUGUUAAUUAUUAAGAAUGUCCUCUUUAUUCUUUCAUAUUUGCCAGAAAGGUGGACAUAACUAAGGGUUAAGCUCUUAUUUGAAAGCUGUACUUUUAUAGUUGGAAAAAAAUUACAAAUCUCUUCCUGGAAAAGUGAUAUGCAAAUGAAUUUGAAAUUUUUGUGUACCAUCAGUGUUUGUUUCAUCUAAGAGGAAAGCUCUUAUCUAGCCAUCCUUGCAGGGAAAUGAAUCUGCUGCCUAAAUUAGCAGUUUCCUUUCUUUUUUGUCAUGAGAAGUUGAUUUUGUGAAAUAGAGUAUUUAAAAUAGGUUCUCUGUUCAGUUAAUCAGAUAACCAUGAGCCAUUGGAGAAAACUUUUAGUUCGGAGCCUGAUUUCCCAGAAACCAUGCAGUGUGGUUCAGAUCUGUGGUGCUUUUAUCCUUAAGAAAUGGAAAAUUUGAAGAAAAGCUAGACUUCUUCCUUCCUUCUUUCCCUCCUUUCCUUCCUCCCACUCCUUUCUGUUCCUAGUGCCUCUUUUCACAUUUUUGCUGUAUCAAAACUAUCUACUUUUUCCAAUAUUAAAAUGUUAAGAAAUGAUGUGAUUACUAAGAGCAGCAGUUCUCAUCCUUGUUUACACAAGGGAAUCACCUGUGGAAUUUUAAAUGUUGAGUUGUGGCUCUUAUACUAGGGGUUUUGACUUCACUGGUCUAGGAUGCCAUUGUGGUAGGUUGAGGCUUCACAUAUCUCAGAUUUUCUUGAUGAGCAGUGAAGAUAGAGAACACUAAAGGAGUUGGAAGUAGGUGCUAAUAAAAUUACAAUUCUGUUAACAAGUGAAUACUUUUUAAAUUUUAUUUUAAAAUUAACUUGAGAUGAUUUCUGGAUACUGAACACAAAUGUAGUACCACAAUUUAUUGAGUUACAUUGUAAGGAAGAAAGGUGUAUUAUAACAAAAUGGAAAAGGGGAUUUUUGCCAUCAGUAUAUGCUGAAAUUACUGAAUAAAAGGCUGUAAAGUAAUGGAAUGUUCACUUGCUGCCCAAAUGUCACCCUACAAUUGAUUUACCCACUGCUAUUGAAAAGUAACAUCCUUGCUAAGGUCUGUCAAUCAUCAACCAAGUGAUUAAACUUAGAAUCACUAAUAGCUACUUGGAGGGUUUUGUAUUUCCAAAAUGAGAGAUGAGACCAUAGUUGUCACAAGAGUUCUUCCCUGAAGACUAUGUUUCAGUGUUAGUCUUGGUCAGUGUUACAUAAAAAAUACUCAUUUUUCUGUAUGCCAUAAUAGCUAAAGAGAAUAAGAUUUAAGUCAAUGUCUUUCAGUAGAUUUGUUGACUUAAACUAAGACAGGAUAGUUUACAUAAAGGAGCAAAUACUUGGAAGCUUUUGAAACUCAAAAUAAGGCAGUAUACUUUAGGAGAGAGACAUUUAAAAUGUUUUAAAGUAAACAUAACUAAUAAAACAGAAAAAAGCAAUUAUUUGAUUUUGUGAGUCAUAUGUAAGUCCUAAGCAAUCACUAUCAGAUGUUAUUUUAAGUGCAAUUUAGAUUCAUAGGUGAUGUACACAUUAUAAUUGUAAAGUGCUUUAUUAAAAUGUUUUUACUAUUAAUGAGAGUUCACUUAAAUUACUUCAUGGGAAUUUAGAAUUGUUACCCUCCUUUGUGGAUCAAAUAUCUUUCAGAUAGCAUAUUUCCAGAAAGUCUCUUUGGAGGAAAAUCACUCAAAGAAAUGCUUGUCUACAAAAGAGGUUCAGUUUCACAACAGGAUAAUACUACAAAGAAUUGUAUCUCAUAUGAAAAACUAAACUCUGGCAGGAAACUAACCAUUUACAUGUGUCUAGACUAGCAUUCUUCAAGUAUUUAACCACAGAAGAAGCCUUUUUAUUUCAUUUUUACAGUGAUUCCUAGGAAUGCUUUAGAAAAAAAAUGUUGCUUUGAAGAAAAGAAUUGAAUUGGGGAGGGUGUGUGGAGGGGAGGGUGUGGUGGUUUGAAAGAAAAUGGCCUCCAAAGGAAGUGGCACUAUUAGGUGUGGCAUUGUUGGAGGAAGUAUGUCACUGUGGGGGUGGGCUUUGAGGUUUCUUAAAGCCCAGUGUGUCAGUUGACUGACUUCCUGUUGCCUGCAAGAUGUAGCAUUCGGCUUCUCUGCCUCUCUGUUGCCUCUCUGCUGCCUCUCUGCCUCUAAAGAAAAGAAGAAAAAAAAAGAUGUAACAUUCAGCUCCAGCACCAUGUCUGCUGCAGGCCUCCAUGCUGGCCACCAUGAUGAUAGUGGACUGAACCUCUGAAACUGUAAGCAACCCAUUCCAAUUAAAUGUUUUCUUUAUAAGA